UACUGCGUAUUUGUAGCAUAAGAAUAAAUGCUAAUUCCUUGUAAAGUGUGUAAUUUUAAUUUAAAAUAUUAUGUGCAUCAGAUUUAUUAUAAUAUUGACUUUACUUGUGCCAGUACAUCCACUUUCAGAUUCCUGCAAACAGCUUAAAAGCAAAUAUCCAGGCGAUGAAAGAUAUGUCCGAGUAGACGGUGAAAGAGUGCCGUUGGUAGUCAAUGGUGGAGGAGGCACGGCUAGAGCUGCCGCGGCACUUCUUCAUGUCGCUGUUAAAUAUGGCUUGCAUUAUUCAGCAAGUUUAGAUGAAACUCAUGCUGACCCAUGUAAUCUACACGAUAAUUCUGACGAGGCGAUAAUUUUAUCUCCAGCGGCAAUUUUGAGUCCAAACGGCUGUAAAAAUUUUGAAAAUAGCUAUUUUAAUCAGGAUACAUCUCUCACAGCUGCCGCUGUGCCCCUCGAUGUCAAACUCAAAGUGCGGACCUCGUCAGAUGAUCUACAUUGCAGAUAUGUCCAAUGGCAUCACUUUUCAAACUCAAAUACAAUUGAGAAGUGUGGCUAUUUGCGAUCUAGCGACGCUUGGGUUUCAAACCAAUUUUACUAUUCUACAAACUGUGCUGAGAAGUUCUGCGGUAUAAUGCUUGUAAGAAAUGAAAGCCGUUAUGAUACACAGGUCAUUACAGAAAUCUUGAAAAAAGCGAAAAAUUCUGGACUACAGUUUCAAAUUAUUAUAUUUGAAAACGAUAAAGAUUUUCGUAGUAAUGUGUAUAAGCUUCGUAAAAGCAAUGCUACUUUUGCAUUCAUUGAUGAAAAUCUUUGGGAAGGUGAAGAUGAUGUCACCGAUGUAGCAAUACUGUGCGCUGAUGAUAUUUGCAGUAAUAGCAUUGUGUUUGAUCCUGUCAACGCUAUUCGAAUAGGAGAUGGUUACAUUAUGAAAACGUAUGCACCCAAUAUUUUCAAUACCGUAAAUAAUUUUAGUGCCAGCAUUAAGGAUCUACACGACGUCCUACAUUUCGCAUAUUCAUAUAAUACAAAUAUUGAAACCGCAGCUUGUGAUUGGGCAUUACAUAAUGAGCGAAAAUUUACAAAUUUGUUUAAUAUGACAAGCGUUUAUCAAUACGAUCAUUGCAUAAUGACAUAUCUAUGCAAAGGGGAUAAGUUAAAUAAUGAUUAUUUAAACAUGAUUAGGCUGGCAGGAUACGCAAUGUUACACGAACAGCUUCCAUAUUCUUUAAAUUUCAAGUAUACUAAUUGUACAGAUUCAGAUAAGCUUAAAUGGGAAAUAAGCUCCUUACAAAAAAAUCCUCGUAUAGCUGGAGCCAUUGCGUGGAGUUGGAAUGCUGGUAUAAAAGAAGCUUCAAGUAUGGCAACAUUGAAUCAAAUUCCAUUGAUGAUAUCUGGUCCUUCUAACGACGAAGUUCUUGGGCCAGCGGUAUAUGCUUCUUCGGGAAGACUUUCAUCGUGGAUAUUAGCGCACUCCUAUUUUUUAUCUCAAUGUAGCUGGAAACGAGUGAUUAUCCUCUCUGAUAAAACGCCCUAUUCGAAAUUGUUCAUUGAAGCUAUUUCAAAACACAUUAACACUCGAAUUAAUCACAAAAAUGAAAUUGUGACACCAGACACUAUUCAAAACGCAUUUUAUAAUAUUAAAUAUUGUGACGCACGAAUAAUUUUGAUUAAUGCAGAAUGCGAAAUAGCUCAUAAAAUUAUUUAUAGUGCAGAAGACUAUGGAUUGACCCCUAAGCAAGGAUAUGUGUGGAUAUCUCGCGAUUGGUGUGUGUCAAAUAUUACGGAAUCAAUUAAAAAUAUGUGGCAUUAUACGAUAGGAUUUUCUUGGCGUGGUGGGUAUGUUCCGAUGAGUUCAUCCAAAAAUUUUACAAAGGGAAUAGCAAAAUUACACGGGAAUUCUACAGUUUCCGCUGGUAUUACCUAUCUCGUAGACGCUUUAUUACAACUUGGUCAUGGGUUCGCAAUGUAUCGCAGAGAGUUUCCAGAAAAUCAGUACGAUCUUCAUGGCUAUGAAACUGCUUCUAACUUCUCAAGAUCACUCAGCAGCAUAAAAAUACAGGGAGUAGCCCAAAUUAUGAAUAUUAAAAACUACAGCUUAGAAAACCCAAGAGUUUUUAUCGACAAAUGGCAAGGAAAUAAACAUAAAACGACAGCUGUAUGGGAAAUCAGAGACAGUACAGUAGUUGAAUUGUGGUCACAUUCAAAUUAUAAAGACAAAUGUGGUGUCAUUUUAGAUGCUGAGUGUGUACCUGAUGGAAAAAGAUGUCUCACUUUUACCACUGGUGACCCUUUUACACCACGCUGUAAUGACAUAGCUGUGACAUUGUUUACUUUAUCUAUGCUACUUGUUGCAUUGGCUUUAAUGUGGACUAGACGUAUUCUUAAAAGAUGGCAGCAUAACCGUCGACUGGAGUUAGUCGUAACAAUAUUUGAAAAUAAUCAGAGAAGAACGUCGCCUCUUAUUGAUUUUAUGGUCGACAGAAAAUCGAUAAGAAUUUUACAUGAAAUUGGAACUGGAUGUUCUGGUCGGGUGUACUUUGCGGAACUAACCCAAGGCUCUAGCACAUAUGUAGUAGCUGCCAAAGAGCCGCGAGAUAAAACUAGCGAUGUUAACGAUUUUUUAAGAGAAGCAUAUGUUUUAGCGCGUCUAGAACACUGCAACGUAAUAAAGCUAAUGGGAGUUUGUUUAACCAAUGGGCCACCUAUAGUAUUAAUGGAACAUGCUUUAAAUCUUGACUUGCAGCGUUAUCUUAUUGAAAGACGUCAAGCUGUUAUAUCGACACGGCAAGGCAAAAUUGUCAUUGAUGAUAUAGAGGAACUGUCCGAUAAAAGCCUUACACGUUGGGCUGCUGAAGCUGCAUCAGCGGUGGAAUAUUUAGCAAAUCUGAAGUUUGUCCACAGAGAUAUUCGCGCUGCCAACUGCCUUAUCGAUAGGAUGCAUUCCCUAAAACUUGCAGAUUUUGGAAUGGCGCGAGAAGUAGACGAAGAAGAGUCCAUAUACUCAACAAAACGCCGAAGCCUGGUACCUGUAUUCUGGGUGGCUCCUGAGGGCUUAGACAAAGGCGUUUUUACUUCUGCAUCGGAUGUUUGGUCUCUAGGCGUGUUGCUUUUAGAGAUAACAACGUUAGGCCUACGUCCAUACGGAAACUGGUCGACAGAUAAAGUUAUUCACCAUGUUCUAAAUGGUGGUAAGCCACCCUUACCUCCAGAUAUAUCAAUUCAAACACAAAACGUAUUACAGCAGUGUUGGUAUAAGAACCCAGAUCAAAGAAUAACGGCCUCAAAGAUUUGCGAGUAUUUCAAGAACCACCCGCAAGCGAUUUCGCCAGCUCUAUUGGCACCGGUACCCUCAUUUUUAGACCCUCCUGUUCAUCCCAGCUCGUGAUGACCUCUCCAUAGAUAACCGAGAUUUGGCAAGGAUUGAUUAAUGCGCCAAGGCAGUGAGGAAUCUAUUUUCUCCGUAUCGUGAGUGAAUCCGAAUUACAUUAUGUUUCGAUUAGUACCUACCUACAGAACCAACUUUACCCUGUUACUUUUGUGUUGCAGUGAUGCGCGCGCAUCUUAAAAUUUCACCAUCAUCAUUUUUUCAUAACGGGCCUAAAGAAGUAUAAUUUCAAAAAGCUGUCAUUGCUAAGACUUUUCAAAUUAAUUAGUGAAUAUUAUUGUAUUGAUAGAAAAUGUAGAUACUAAUAGUGAUUUAUAUUAGUUGAAAUUCGAUUCAAUGGUUUACGAGCUAUUAUUGCAGGAAAUAAUUCAGGGGCGCAUACAUAAAACUUUAUUUCAAUGGUGUGGUGUCAUCAUUCUAUUGUGGUUAAUGGCUCAAACACUAUGGAAUAUACUUCCUUCCGCAACCAUUUUUCCAAGACCCUUUCCAAUAAUUAAGAACUAAGCAGUUUCAUUGUUGUUUUGUUUUGUGUGAACUAUAUAGAGCUGUUAAACUA